AUGACGAAGCUCAGAAAGCUCGGACGGCCAACGGGUCACCGUAUGUCCAUGUUCAGGACUAUGGUUUCUCAAUUGGUGAAACACGAGCGAAUUGAAACCACUGUCACAAAGGCUAAAGAGGUUCGUCGUCUUGCUGAUAAUAUGAUUCAACUCGGCAAAGAGGGCUCACUCUCUGCAGCAAGGCGAGCUGCUGGGUUUGUUAGAGGAGAUGAUGUACUUCACAAGAUUUUCACAGAGUUGGCUUAUCGAUACAAAGAUAGAACUGGUGGAUACACAAGAAUGCUUCGCACUCGGAUACGUGUUGGUGAUGCUGCACCAAUGGCCUAUAUCGAGUUUAUUGAUAGAGAGAACGAGCUAAGGCAAUCAAAACCAGCAGCACCUCAACCACCACCUCGAGUGCCGCUUGAUCCAUGGGCGAGAUCCCGUCUCACCAGGCAGUACGCACCACCAAAGGAAGAGAAAAAUUCUGAUUCCGACCUAUAA